GUAUAUAUCUCCAAAUUUGACCAAAUCGGCAUCUCUCUCCUUAUAUACUUGUCCACCACGCUUCUUCACUCUUUUCUUACCCUUCUCCCAAAACCACUCUCAAAAACCCAAAACCUUGUCCCAUUCUCCCUCGCCUCGGUGAUGAUGCUGGAUUCCGAUUUCCUCGUCAGCGGGAAGAGAUUCCCUCCGGGGUUCAGAUUCCACCCCACCGACGAGGAGCUCGUGCUUUACUAUCUCAAGAGGAAGAUUUGCUGUAAACGACACCGUCUCGACGUCGUCACUGAGAUCGAUGUUUACAAGUGGGACCCCGAGGAUUUGCCUGGGAUGUCGAAACUACAAACUGGUGACAGACAAUGGUUCUUCUUCAGUCCUAGAGAUCGGAAAUAUCCAAAGGGAGGGAGGUCCAAUAGGGCGACCGGGCAUGGUUAUUGGAAGGUAACUGGGAAGGACCGUGUCAUCUCAUAUGGUUCUCGUGUUGUUGGGACAAAGAAGACUCUGGUGUUCUAUAGAGGUCGUGCCCCUAAAGGAGAACGCACGGAUUGGGUGAUGCAUGAAUAUACCAUGGACGAGGAGGAGUUUAAAAGAUGCCAGGAUGCUAAGGGAUACUAUGCACUCUACAAGGUGUACAAGAAAAGUGGGCCUGGUCCGAAAAAUGGUGAGCAGUAUGGUGCGCCGUUUAGGGAAGAGGAGUGGGACGAGGAUCUUGAAGUUCAGUGUCCCCUUGAGCCAGAUAAACCAAUAAAGCAAGCUCACGAAACCAUGCCUGUCGAUAAUACUAAAACCGUUGAUUGUCAGCAUCCGUCCUCAUUAGAUGAGCUUGAGGAAGUAUUGAACCGAAUAGCAACUGAGCCCGACUCUGUUCAGCCACCGAUUGUUGAUCGCGAGUAUGCUCUGGAUCAGUUUCUUGGUGAGGAGACCGAGAGUACAUUAAUUCACCAUUCUUUUGUUGAUGUGUCUGUACCAGUGGUUCAUCCAGCUCAUUGUGACCUUUCAGAGACAACUCAAUUACAGUCACAAGUGGCGCCUGAUCCCUCCUCUGCCACAUUCGUCAAUAUGGAAGAUCCUAAUGUGACUGAGGAGGACUUCCUCAAAGAUUACCUUGAAAUGGAUGAUCUAGAUUCAGAUCCGAAUGUACGAAGUCAUGAUAACUGGGGGAAUUAUUUUGGGAGCCUGCAGUUUGAGGAUUUUGAUGGUUUGGACAAUCUGUAUGAAGAUGCUUCUUCUUUCCUUUCUGAGCCUGUUGAACCCUGGCAGGCUCCUCAGUCAUCCGUGGAUAACUUUGACAAUGGAGUCAUGGACCCGAGUUCAAGCUCAUAUAUGAAUAGGUUUGACAACACAACUCAAAAUUAUUUAAUGCGGCAAGAAGCUAACAAUUUAGAUGGAGCGAGCUCUCAGCUGUGGAGGUGUGAGCCAAGUUACAGUGUAGUGUCCACAUCUAAAGUUAAUCAGGACUUCAAUGCAUCAUCAACUUCAGGUGCUCCGUAUCAAAACCAAAACAACGGUUUUGUAAAUGGAGGAAACAAAAAUGGGAGGGGCAAGCAGGAUGAUGAUACAGACACAUGGUUCUCCUCUGCCGUUUGGUCCUUCUUGGAGUCUAUACCGACGAGCCCGGCUUCAGCUUCUGAAGGUCCUUGGGUAAAUGGGGCGUGUGAACCCACACAAAUGUGUAGCUUAAGUCGGGUAAGAGUUGAUGUCAGAAACACUGCAACUUCAAGAAAAAUUGGCAAAUCUAGCUUUGGUUUCUUAUGUUUUUCUAUACUUGGAGUAAUCUGUGCUAUUCUAUGGCUACUGACUGGAAUCUCAAAGAGGGUUAUUGGUUUGUGUUCAUAGCUCUCGUAGAAUAUGUAAAUAGAACUUUGCCUCAUUGAUUUGCUGAAAAUCUUUGGUAAAUCAAAAGCAGUUUUGAAAA